AUGUCCGACAACAGCAACAACCCUCACCACCCCGGUGUCCGCAGCCUGUUGGCCAAAUUCGAGAAUAGCCAGAGCCCCAUCACCUCCCCGCCUUCGCGUGGGAGAUCACCAGCUGGCUCCGACACCUCGGGAACAACAAGACCACUGUCCAAGGUCCGUGCUAGCUUUGUCACAGUGGAGGGGGUGAUUCAAUCCAACCCUGCCUCGCCAUUGAGGAAAACAAGUGGGCGGAGUGACAGCCCUGGGAUUUUCGGGCCGAAGAUCAAUGCAGAGGACGGAGAUUCAAGCCGGGGUGUGUUGUCUCCCUCGCCCACUGGCAGGCUAGACACUGAUCCAAAAGCCACCUUUGAGCAACCAGCGACCGAUGUUCAAUCAGGGGAAACUGCAGAGACUGCUCCAAAGCAAAAUGCCACGGACAAAGAAGAGCCCGCUCAUGCUGAAGCUGCUGCUCAGCCAAAGAAAGCUCCAACACCCAAGAAGGAGGCCCCUGCUCCCAAUGCGCCCACCUCCACAACCCCUGAGGCUCCACAACAAAAACCAAGCGCACCAAAGACCCUCGCUAAACGGCCAUCCAACAUCAACUCCACAAAGACUGCAGCAAACAAGCAUACAUCUACCACGGCGACCUCGACGGUAGCGAAGCCUUCAACGAACAAUACCACAUCCAAACCCUCGGCUCGCGAGAUGGCUAAGGAGCGGGCCAAUGCUCUUGCCCACAAGCCAAGUCGAGCUUCUCUGAACCCCGUGAGCAAGACGACUGCGCGCUCGGUCCGUGGGUCGACCCCAUCGCAGGAUGGAACGGCCUCGGCUGCAGAUGCUUCCCACAAACCGCGAACAAAAUCACCGACCAAGCCCGUUCGUCUUCCGUCGUCUAUGACAGCGCCGACCCAAGCCUCUGCGGCGAAGCUGGGAAGUACGGGACCAUCGAGCACCCGAACCAACACUGCUUCGACCCUCACAAGAAAACCUUCUUCGCUCAAGAGCGCCACAGGCGGAGCUCAGACGCGCACAGCUACGACCACAGCGGCCAGCGUUCGAAAGCAGUCGUCUCGUCCCUCGCUUCCCACUCAGUCAUUCAAUGAACGGCCGAGCUCUCGUGCCAGUGAUGUGGGAUCCAAGCCUGUCAACGAGGGAUUCCUUGCGCGGAUGAUGCGUCCCACUGCAAGCUCUGCCAGCAAAACCAAUGACAAAACAGAUGGCAGACCUGCAAAGACUGCUGCUGCUCCGAAGGCCCCGAGAACAUCCACUGGAAAGACGCCUGAUCGCGUUACGUCCCAACCAAAGGCCAAGGUUGCAGCUUUGCGGCCGCACAGUGAGAAGUCCCAGGCUUUGAACAAGGACUCCUCCCUGCCAAAGAGUGAAGCAAAGCCUCUUCAGAAGGGCCAUGAGAGUGAGAAGGAGAAUAUUGAGGAGGCUACCCCUGCAGUUCCAGAGUCAACGGCUAUGGAGUCUGAGAAAGAUACCACCCCGGAGCACCCCAAUGUCUCUUCCGAACCAAAUGCCAGCGAAGCAGCUGAUGCCCCAGUCGAAUCUCCUAUCCCCGAGGCUCCCGCUGAACUAUCUGCAGAGCCUGUCGCAAAGCCAAUUGACCCCUCCCCUGAGUCCGCUGCUGCAGAGGUUGUUGUCGAAAAUUCACCGGAACCUGCCACGAAUGAGGUACCUGCCGCCCCAGCCGAGCCUACCGAGGCCCCGGCCAACACUAGAGACAAUGGGGUUGAGGCACCAGUGGAGUCUGUUACCUUGCCUGAAUCUGCUCAGGUACCUGUUAAGGCUGAAAGCGAGGCUGAGGACAAGGCUGAGGAGAAUAACACUGAGGGGCCGGUCGAGUCUGCUGCCUCGCCUGGACCUGCUCAAGUCCCUGCUAAGGCCGAUGAUGAGACUCCUGUUGAAACGCCUGCCGAGUCGAAGGAAAAAGAUGCGCACAGUGAAACCCCGGUUGAAACCGCGGUCGCUGCCGAUGCCCCGGAGGACUCUACCCCCGCUCAAGCUGAGAAGUCUGUUGAAGAGCCGGAGAGUACCCCUGUCAACCAGACUGUUGAUACCGAUUCAAAGCUCACCGAGGAGCCAGAAAUCUCCCAGCCCGCACCAGAGGUUCAAGAAGCCCUCAAGACAUCCAAGCCCCAUGCCCAGGCCUCUGGCGAAGAUGCUAAUCUCUCUGCUUCUGAUGCCACCGUCCCCUAA